GCUUAAGCGGCAGCUGUCAUGGCGUCCACGACGGCGACCCGAGUGGCGACUGGUGCCGCUAAAGUUGUCAAACCGAUUUUAAGCCGAGACCUCGAUGACGCUAAGCGCAGGGUCCGGGAGCUGUACCGAGCCUGGUACCGAGAGGUCCCUAACACAGUUGCAGUGUUUCAGCUGGACAUCACAACGCGUCAGGGAAGAGACAAAGUGAGGGAGAUGUUCGACAAGAACAAGCACAUCACCGACCCCCGUGUGAUUGACAUGCUAGUCAUUAAGGGUAAAAUGGAGCUCCAGGAAACAAUCCACAUCUGGAAGCAGAAGACCCAUGUAAUGCGCUAUUUCCAUGAGACCGAGGAACCUCGUCCCACUGACUUCCUGUCCAAAUUCUACCGGGGCCAUGACCCAUGAACUGUGUAGCUACCUGCUGAUCUCUUGUCCUCCCUUUGCUUGUGUCCAGUGAAACAGAUGUUCCCCUUUACUGUAAAUACACACUUAACUACCA